AUGAAACAUCUGAAUUCGAGACAAUUUGCAAUGUUCAGAGAAACUUGUUUUGGGUACUUCCUUGAUUUGCCGAUUGUAGGUAUGCAACCCCGUUUGAUUCACUCUCUAUUGUUGAGAGAGGUUGUUCAUGAUAAUAGAGAUGAACUGUGGCUCUCCUUGAAUGGUAGUAAAAUACGUUUUGGUAUUGGUGAGUUUGCACUCGUUACCGAUCUAAACUGUACCGGUGUAGCGCAUAAGCGUUAUGAUUACAACAAAAGUUGUGGUUUGAUUGAUCGUUGUUUUCCAGGAAUUAAGAAGCUUAAUAGUCAAGCUAUAAUCGAUUGUUUUGAAGGAAAGAGAUGGUCAUCCGAUCAGGAUGCAAUGAAGAUUGUUGUGUUGUACUUUAUAAAUUCCUUUUUAUUAUCAUCACUUCCUGAUAGUCUCGUCUCAAUUGCUAAGGAUCAAAUAGCUGUGUUUGUUCAGCACAGAAUCCCUCGCAUAACUAGUUGGAAAGUGAUUAAUAAUCCUACAUCAAGUGAAGCGUCAAAGUUACUUUCUGACAGAAAGUUGAAGAUGAGGAAUAUUUUCCCAACAACACUUGAGAAAUCAAGUAUGGAUGUCCUUGAGUUUUUUGACGAUACGUUGGAAGACAAUGCAACAGAUGCAACUGAUAGUAUGGAUCUGUUAGCUGAGGUCAAACGUCUAUCCAAGAGUCAGAAGGAAUUAAAGGAAGAUUUUCAGAUGAUUAAAAAGGAACUUCAGAUGCUGAAUUUGUUCAUUGCGGAAUCUAAUUCCAAUUUAGUUAACGCUGUUGAGUCAUUGUCAAAGAAAGUGGAUAUAUCCAGUGCUUCUGAGCAUGAGGGAGGACUUUGCAAACGAGACAUGUACGUUGGCAGUGAUGGUUUACAUGACAAGGAAGAUGUGGACUGUGGAUACAAUGAAACAUAUCGCUUCGACAACAAAAAUGACGAGAAUGAAGCUCAUAUCGAUGGGCUUGGUGUAUAUCAAGAUGCUGAUUUUGGUGCUGGAGAAACUGCAAUAGAUCCUAUGGAGGAAUAUUAUAUUGACGUCCUCGAAUCCCAUAUCGUUAAAUAUACAAACCCUUCGAUAGCUGCCAAAGACCUCAUGGAUGAAUAUUAUGUUGACGUCCCCGAAUCUCAGAUUGUUAAAUAUACAAAUUCUAUGGCAUCUGAACAUACCCCAGAAUAUUCUAAAAGAGAGAGGCGCCCUGCAUCGAUCUAUAAGUCACCUUUCUUGACUAAUUUUCCGUCAGGCGCUAGUUCUGCUGGAGGAUCAUCAAUGAAGACUAUUAUCACUGGAGGGCACCCGUUUGUGUGUUUUGCCAGUGAUAAUGAUUACAACAAGAUUACGAGCGAGUUCAAGACAUGGGUUACUACAGGUUUGAGGACAAAAAGGAAGACUUGUGUUUACGCCAAGAAGGAUAAUGCAUUACACCCUCUGUUUGAAUUUGGUGUAUUGCAUGUCGGCAAGAAGGAGUGGUUCCACAAGCUUGCCUACAAAGGUCAACCCAUAACUGAUUCGUAUGUGGACGUCUUAUUUUACUAUUUGAGGAAAAUGGGCAAAUAUGAUCCUGAUGUUCAGAUCAAGUUCACGAGUACAAAUUAUCUAUUUGAUCUGAAGAUUAAGGCUCUCCCGUGGCACACCGUCGACCACAUCUUAUUCCCCAUUAAUGCUGUAUACAAUGAUUACUGGGUACUAGCAGUAAUGUCUUUCAAAGAAAGAUGCAUAUUUCUUUAUGAUUCAAAGGAAAAUGCAUCUCACAAAUCCAAAGUUCGCAAAGGAGUAGACGCAUAUGCUGUUAUUAUCCCAUACUUCUUGUGCGCUCUUGGUUUUUAUAACAAAAGGAAUGAUAUUGAAUUGAAUAAGGGAUCAUAUAAAGAUAAGACACAAGAAGAACAAUUUGAUGUUGUUAUGGUUGAUGGUUUGCCAGUGCAGCAAGCAAUGGCAGCUCCAUAA